AAGAAGCCAAGAUGUCCCUGGCUGCCGUAGGGGUAGUAAGAGGAUUAGGUGUCAGUCCCUAACCCAGCCCGGAACUAACACCCUCCUCCACUAACAGCCCCCUCCCCCCACUCACGGCACCCUGGCCUGCCCCCGUCGGAGCCUGCCAAAGCUCAGAAUAACCCCGGGGACCAGACAGUGGGAUGGCAGGGACUCUGCUCAGCGCCCUGCUCCUCUUGCAGCUCCUCGGCGGAGGUGAAGGGAAGAACGAGGAGCUGCGUCUUUACCACCACCUCUUCGACAACUACGACCCAGGACGCCGGCCAGUGCAGAAACCUGGGGACACCGUCACCAUCACCCUCAAAGUCACCCUGACCAACCUCAUCUCACUGAAUGAGAAAGAGGAGACCCUCACCACCAACGUCUGGAUUGGAAUCGACUGGCAUGAUUACCGACUCAACUACAGCAAGGGCGAUUUUGGGGGCAUAGAAACCCUGCGGGUCCCUUCAGAACUCGUAUGGCUGCCAGAGAUUGUGCUGGAAAACAAUAUCGACGGCCAGUUCGGUGUGGCCUAUGAAGCCAACGUGCUGGUCUCGGAGGGCGGCUACGUGAGCUGGCUGCCCCCGGCCAUCUACCGCAGUAUCUGCGCCGUGGAGGUCACCUACUUCCCUUUCGACUGGCAGAACUGCUCGCUUGUUUUCCGCUCGCAGACGUACAGUGCAGAAGAGGUGGAGCUCGUCUUUGCUGUGGACGACGAUGGCGACACCAUCAGCAAUAUAGAUAUCGACUCUGAGGCCUAUACUGAGAACGGUGAGUGGGCCAUCAACUUCUGCCCCGGGGUGAUCCGCCGCCACGACGGUGGCUCUGCUGAUGGUCCAGGGGACACUGAAGUCAUCUACACGCUCAUCAUUCGCCGGAAGCCGCUCUUCUACGUUAUUAACAUCAUCGUGCCUUGCGUGCUCAUCUCGGGCCUAGUGCUGCUCGCCUAUUUCCUGCCGGCACAGGCCGGCGGCCAGAAAUGCACCGUCUCCAUCAACGUCCUGCUCGCCCAGACCGUCUUCUUGUUCCUAAUUGCCCAGAAAAUCCCAGAGACAUCUCUGAGCGUGCCGCUGCUGGGCAGGUACCUCAUUUUCGUCAUGGUGGUUGCCACACUAAUUGUCAUGAAUUGCGUUAUCGUGCUCAACGUGUCUUGUCGGACGCCCACCACUCACGCCAUGUCCCCGCGGCUGCGCCACGUCUUACUGGAGCUGCUGCCCCAACUCCUGGGCUCGGGCGCACCCUCCGAGGUCCCCCGGGCCGCCUCGCCCCCAAGGCGGGCGUCGUCCUUGGGCCUACUGCUCCGCGCGGAGGAGCUGAUACUGAAAAAGCCGCGGAGCGAGCUCAUGUUUGAGGGGCAGAGGCACCGGCACGGGACCUGGACUGCUGCCCUCUGCCAGAGCCUGGGCGCCGCCGCCCCCGAGAUCCGCUGCUGUGUGGAUGCCGUGAACUUCGUGGCCGAGAGCACGCGAGACCAGGAGGCCACCGGCAAGGAGGUGUCCGACUGGGUGCGCAUGGGGAAGGCCCUUGACAACAUCUGCUUCUGGGCCGCUCUGGUGCUCUUCCUUAUCGGCUCCAGCCUCAUCUUCCUUGGGGCCUACUUCAACCAAGUGCCCGAACUGCCCUACCCGCCCUGUAUGUAGGCAUGAGCCUGCAGCCAUGGUGACAAACGUUCCCAUCCAUCUCCAGGAGGAAAUCUGAAAAACAAGUUGCUCCCAUUGCUUUAUUAUGAUCCUUUCGUACUGCUAAUGAUAAAUCUGUAUUUAGCUUCGC